AUGUAUACGCCAUCUCACACCAUGGUGACUCCUUUUGCCCCGGGUACUGACACCAUAAUCGCAUGGGAAUCUGUGCAGUCUUGGGUACAACAGGCACUCCCAGUCGGCAAGGUUGAUUUCGACAACUGCGACAUCGGCUUCGCAGACUCUGCUAUGAAUGAUACUGGUUUCAACGACUUUCUUUCACUCGGGCAGCUGGCCUUCACUUAUGACUACCCGCAGCAUGGCCUGCCUAGCCCGCCUGGCCAGUUUGGCGUGCGUGAUAUCUUUUCACCCAAUCACCCAAGCAACCAGAUGACGGAAUUCUACGGUGCUACUGAUUACCCUCCCUUCACCUUCGGUGGCGUGCAUUUACCUCAAGGUUCGCCUGCAUAUCCACUACUGUAUGCCCCUGCUGCCAUGCCCGGCGAUCACGACUAUUUCCCGGAUAUUGAUGAAAAUAUUGGAAUUGUUGGCGGUAGUUGCGAAGAAAUUCCAUCAAAAUAUAACUAUACCAAUCUGCACAGAUUUGACGGCGGCGCGUUGUUGAUGAGGCCACCGCCUCGCUCUACGCGUGGUGUUGCGCCUACUAGACUCGAAGAUGACGAGAACUAUAUGGCAGGGUAUCAGCCGAACCGGAAUCAGAACGAACCUAGCGAGAAUCACACUGAUGCAGCUUUGACUGCGGAGGCAAUUUCAUCCGUUGCUCAGAAUGUGGCUCCGACCACGCAAAUGGCCCUGGACACGCCGUCGUGGCACCGGCAUCAGAUGCUCGGUCACGCUGUCUCUGUUCCAGCUAUACCGAAGUUUCCGACUACACCAGCCAAGGCCAGGGAUCCUAUGGGAGGUCUGGCAAACACUGUGCCGAAGCGCGUUGCGUUUUCUGCUCGAGAUUGGAAUGGAGGGUUAGAUGAGGGCCAAGAAGGUGUGAGGGUUUCAAGCACGAGGCGGAAACGCAACUUGAGCGCUAUUGAAGAGGAUUCUAACCAUAGCCCUGAUCCUAGUCCCGGCCUUCGUUACGGCUAUGAAGCUCCAGCAAUCGGAGAGCCUAGCAGGAAGCGCCGUGCUAGAACUGUGCACAUCACCACGCCUGGCAGCAGCCUCCCCACGAACGCGCCUGAGCUCUACAGUGAGAUGGUCAAAGGCAGUCGCAGCACUCGUCGUGGAAAUCGAAGCGUGGGAACCCUCCCCCCUACCCACCAUUUCGGCAUCGAUUACAACGCCACCCGCGUUUGUCCCCUUAACCUCAUCGGUGGCCACGGUUGUGUCAAGCUAACUCCAAAUCUCUUCCUCAACUCAGCCGCGCAAUCUAGGACCACCAAAGCCACACCCUUCGUGUUCAACCGCCAUAUAUACCCAGCGCAGGAUUUUGUGAACCCGGGAAAUACAGCCUCGCUCAUUCCUUCUGCGUACGCCGCUCAAUCCGCUGCUCCUCGAAAUCUCACUGCCGGAUAUGAUCCUGCCGACCCCCCACUCUUCGGCAUGGGUACCGAUUCCCAGGCCUUCAAGGACCUAGCGGCACAUCGCAUGGAAUAUGGAGGAGAGUAUGCGGCAGAUCUUAGCGCUAUGCCAGAGGUUUCACUUGAGAGUGGGCUGACUGGUGUUCCAUUUAAGCCGUUUGAUAUGGAGGGUGGGAAACCAGGAGAAUUGGAACGUGUUAUGCCACCGCAGGACUGGGAGGAGGGUCUCUUUGCGCUGGUGCCAGGAAGGGGCCAUGGAGUUAUGGGUGAGGGUAGGGGUAAGGUUAGGGAUGAGACAAGAGGAGAGGGAAGGGGACAGGUGGAUGAUGCGGGAGAGCUGUUCAAAGUCUGCACGAUCGAUGAUGAUGGCAUGCUGUGCGGACCAGAGGAUAAGGUGUUGAGUGAGGAGCGCGCGGAGGUGGAUUAUCUUCUCCGUCUGCAUGGUAAGGGAAGCGACUGUGAGCUCCGCAUGUAUAACCGUGGGGGUUGGAGGCAUUCGCGCCAAGGCGAGUGA